AUGGCCUCCGAACUCUUCCCCGACACCAUAACCCCCGAAACCCUCCCCCAACUCCUCCAAUCCGAUGCCAUGGUAAAAGUCGCCGGCGUAGACGUCGACGGCAUCCUCCGCGGCAAGCUCGUCUCCAAGAAGAAAUUCCUCUCCAUCGCCGAGGCAGGCUUUGGUUUCUGCUCAGUCAUCUUUGGAUGGGACAUGCACGACAAGACGUACAUCCGCGAGCUCAAGAUCUCCAACGCUGAGAAUGGUUAUCAUGAUUUGCUUGCUGUGCCGGAUUUGUCAACUUUUAGGAGGAUUCCUUGGGAGGAUAAUGUUCCCUUCUUUUUGGUUGAUUUUCUUGAUCCGGAUACCAAGAAGCCUAUUUGCGCUUGUCCGCGCGGUUUGAUCAAGACACAACUCGACAAGCUUAAGAGCCACGGUUACGGUGCAAUGGCAGGCGCCGAAUAUGAAUUCUACCAGUUCAAGAACCCCGACCCCUCAACAUCCUCCCCAGCCGCCUACCUCCAAGAGAACCCCCCACACCAGCUCCCCGCCCUGACCGAGGGCAUGUUUGGCUACUCCCUAACUCGCCCCGUGCACAACCAAGAGUACUACUACGACGUCUUCAAGACGUGCGCCCAGUUCUCGUGCGACAUUGAAGGCUGGCACACAGAGUCCGGCCCAGGAGUGUUCGAGGCUGCUCUCGAGUUUGGAGAGAUCUCGCAGAUGGCUGACCGUGCUGCGCUGUUCAAGUACGUCGUCAAGAGUGUUAGCACAAAGUAUGGUAUCACGCCUUGCUUCAUGGCGAAGCCCAAGCAGGGACUUCCUGGAAAUAGCGGCCACAUGCACGUUUCCCUCGUCGACAAGACGGGCAAGAACCUCCUCGCCCGCGACACACUCGACGAGAACGCGAAGUGGAAGGACAUCGCCGGCCUUUCCGAUCUCGGCCGUCACUUUCUCGCCGGCAUCCUCGUCGGUCUCCCAGACAUAAUGCCCCUCCUCGCUCCGACAAUCAACUCGUACAAGCGCCUCGUCGAAAACUUCUGGGCACCCGUGACCGUCUCUUGGGGUCUUGAGCACCGCGCAGCCUCAAUCCGCCUCAUCACCCCGCCAACCUCCAAACCCUCAGCCACGCGAUUUGAAGUCCGAGUCCCCGGCGCCGACACGAACCCUCACUUUGUGCUCGCUGCGGUUCUCGGCUGCGGCUGGCGCGGCGUCGAGAAGAAGCUCGAGAUCCCCACCCCGCCGCUCGCCAUGGGUCAAGACGUCGGUGGUGAGGCGGACAAUGGCGAGAGGCUUGCCAAGAGUCUCAAGGAGGCUACAGCGCGCUUCAUGGCCAAGGGCAGCAUCGCGAGGGAAGUGUUUGGCGAUGACUUUGUGGAGCAUUUUGGUGGCACAAGAGAGCACGAGAUACGUCUGUAUGACGAAGCUGUAACGGAUUGGGAAAUGAAGCGCUACAUUGAAACGGUCUAG